AUGUCAGACCAACUUGGGACUGAGGCCGCUCAUAUUCUGCAAAGCUCUUCAGAGUUCCUUGAGUUGGUCCAAAAGCUCGAGUUGGCUGCACUAGACUGCAAGGGACCGGAGCAUCCGCCUCCAAUCGGUACGGCCGUCUAUUUGCAAGUCUGUGCUAUGUCUAUACGAUUGAUCGAGAUGCACUACUGGCUCUACUCAUCGAUUUACCACUGCCUGCAAAGAAGAGAUGCCAACUUCACGGCGCAGGACGGUGUGAUGAGCGACGCUGAGAACGGGCUAUUCAUUUCCAUCGCGGGAGUGGAGCUGAUACCGUCACCCAACCUGAGGCUCCAGAUGCUUCUCCAAACAGCAGUACAUUACCUCAACCGUGUUCAAAAGGCUCGAGGAGGGUUAGAAGCGAUUGCGGCAGAUGCCGCAACUGAUGGACUAGGGUCGCCAUCUCUGGCCUCAGGUUUGGAUAAGUUGGUCAGCAUUGAUGAGAGAAGGACUAUGGUGAAAAUUCAAGCGGUACUAGACAAACUCAAGGAUAUAAGUGCAUUUUCUUUAGAUGCAUUAUCAUAG